UCGCAUACACGAGUGCUACAAGACACAAACUAAACAACCUGUGACGUACAAAGUUGGAUAACUGAUAACGAUGAAAUUGCACAUGUUUGCACCCCUAGUUCUUAUCCGUUUGCGGCGCGUAGUCGUGUAUUUUUGGCCUAUUUUACGCCGGGUUGUGCUACUUUGUCAUAUUUCAGGUCCCAGACGCCGAAGGAAAGGUUAAGCACGAGUUUUGGGGCAUUUGGAAGUCAUUCGGUCGAGCUGGGGCCAAAGCACGGGCUGGCCUAAACCAAAGCACGGUCGUGUUCCUGGACCGUGUUUUUACUGCCGAGGCUUGAUCCAAGAUUUUCCUGCGCUGGCCCAAAACAUGGGCGGGAGUGACUCAAAACACGAUUGUGUCCAACUUUAGGCACGACCGUGUUUUCCCCAAAAUGUGGUCGUGUUUUUAACACAUGGCAAGGGCACGGGCGGGCAAAGCCAAAGCACGGCCGUGCCCUCGACCGUGUUUUGCCCAGGUUCAGCCUUUUAAGCAGAUUGGAGCCAAAGGAGAAGGGGUUCCGAGUUUUAGAGAGACAGAGCGAUACCUAGAGAGAGAAAGUGACGAAACUGAGUCUUCAAGUGUCUUUGAUCGAUCUCCAUCACCACGGGAGCCCGACUUGAGCUUGGAGAAGAUCCGAUUGAGCGCCAGAAGCAGAUUAUCAUCCUUCACAGUAUGGUUUCCGCAUCUGAGCUAGAUUUUCCAUCUCUCUCUAUGGAAUAGUUUUCUUAUUCAUCUGGGUAUGGAGAACCCUAGAUUUGUAUGUUAGGUCUGAUUGUAUGAACCCAAGUACAGAUUCUAUGAUUUGAUUAUAUUCAAUUGAGGUUUGAUUUAUUGAAUGGCGUGAAUCCUGAUCAAAUUCCUAAUGUUUCUGCAUUAACCUAGAAAGAGAAUAUCUGCCUAGGUUGAUAGAGCACCCUUAAUUGAAGGUAGUGAAUUGGCGACUUUAGUCGAGAAGCCAAUUCACUAUUCUGUACCGAAUUUACUUCGGCAGUGGAGGUUUGGUUCGUUAGGGCCUCAAUCUGUUUACUCCGGCGGAGGUUAGUCGCCCGCUGGGGACUCAGAUUUAGAGGGCCUGGAGACCUUUAGUCGAGACUUCAGACUGUUUAAGAACCUCCCGCAGUAUAACUAUCAUUAAAACUGAACUUGGUAAAUUGCAAUCCGGCUUAACUGCAGUCUAGGGGGAACCAUAUCCGGGUGACCUCUCUCGACUUGAAAACAACCAUUUAAUUGCUUUGCUUGUUUUGCUUGUUUGAACCUGCACAAAAGUUUCACCGCUAAAUAAUAAGAAUUCGCUGAGUAGUCAUCACAUCUAGGACCCGGGUUGACAUUAAAACCCAAACCCGUUAUACUAUGCUUUAGGAAGUGGUUACACUUGGCCAUUUUCUAGAGUGACAUUAGGAGCGAGUCAAUAAAAAAACACAAAACGAUAAAAAUACUAAAAUAAUAUAAAUACAAACAUAGAAAAUAAAGGAUAAACUAACAAGUAAUUGUCAGUAGUUUGCACGUAUCAAUAACUACCCUAUUGUAUGCAAAGUUUAACCUAUAAUGGUGUUGUCAUAUAGUGGAAAUCAAGGUCGUAUUCACUCGGUCCCCGGAACCCUAGCCUACUUCCCACGUUGUUGCUAUCUAGCUGAUCGAUUUAAGGGGUUGUGUUAGACGAUUUAAGUGAAAUAACUAGUGGAGAGAAUAAACAAGGAUAAUAGCAGGUACAUUGGGGAACUAACCCUCGCUUUAUCCUCUAUCAUGUAAAUGACUAAACAUGUUGGGUUAAACGAAUUUGGUGAGUGAGCUCUUUUCCAUGGACUUUCGUAAAUAUCCACGUGGCAAUUUAGGUGUUAUCAAUGAUGCGGGUUCACCUACAUCACAAUGUACAUAAUAUAAAAGGGUCAACUUGACAUGUUCAUAAACAAAGAGGUGGGAUUCUGCUACUUUUCAAGAGUUGUUGAUAGAGUUAAUAAAGGAUACAUGAUCUAUAUAUGCAUGAAAUUCAAAGGAAUUCUAUAUUCUUUUUAUACUAAUGCCCUUGUCCCAAUCCCCUGUAAACAAACAUUCACCCUCCGACCCCCUAUAAAUCAUUUGAAUUUCAUAAUCAUACUCAUGGUUCAAAAAGGUAACCUUAACUUUACGCUUAGGAACGCCUAAGCGCAAGUCAAUUGCAAAAUGCCUCGCCUAGAGGUUUCUCGCCUAAUUAGAUACUAGAACACGUCAAUGGAGUAAGGCGACAUAUGUCUCUCAUAAACAUUACUAGAUGGAGGUAAGAAGUCAAUAUUAAAGGAGAAGAUUAACGUCAACUAAGAAAUCAAUUUUAUAUAUCAAUGUUUUCGAUAGCUCAAAAACUUAGUGAGCUAUUGAGCUAUGAUUCUAUGAAUUCGUGUGCUAUGUUCUUGUAAUUAAGUGUUGAGUAAGUUAUUAAUCAUUUUAACUGAAAUAAGGAAGUAUUGUAGAU